AUGGGAACUGAUUAUAUUCAAUUGAAUGAAGAAAAUUCUUCAUUCCACAACCAAAAUUUAAAUAAUAAUAAUAAUAAUAAUAAUAGAAAUGAUAAUAUUUACUUAAACAAUGUAAAUACAACAUAUACUCCUCAAAUUGAAAAAUUAGAUUCACACCAUCACCAAACAUUUUCAUCCCAAGGUAUACCAAUUGUAGUCACACAAUAUUCACAAGAAAUACAACAACCACCAAAAAUUGUUCUUCAAUCUCCACAAUACUAUCCACCUCCAAAUGCUAUUAUAACUAUUAGUGUUGAUGAUGAUGAAUCUCAUUUUAAUUCUUCAUUGAUUAUUUUUAUUCUUGAAAAAACUAAUAAUAGUUUCUUUGUUAGUUGUAUAUGGUUAAUUAACAUCCGUUACUUAAAAUCAAAUAACAAGAAUGCAAAAGCUUUGGCCACUGCUUCAAUUGUUUUGUUUGUAAUUUCCAUAAUUUUGGGUUUCUUUAUAAUUAUUUCAGCUUCAUAA